GCCUACAUGCCACGAGGUCAGGGGAAAGUGAGGAGUGCAGAUCAGUGUGACGCCUCUGCUCUGCUCAACCUAAUCAACUACUGCGACUGUUUCCGCUCCGUCGAUCCCAAAUUUGUUAGAGAGGUGAUCCGUUUCAGGAACGAGUUGAUGCAUUCCUGUGAGUUUCGUGUGAAGGAUGAAUGGGUCCGGCACUACCACACCGCUGUGAAAAAUCUCGUACGGCAGUUCAGCCACGUGCCUCAGAUGGCAGCAGUUGGACGACAGAUCGAGGAGAUGCUGACCGUUGAUUUGUCAAUAUGUGUCUCUGGUUUGGACCGCUUGGAUUCUCCAGUCUCGGAUGGAUUAGAGUGUGAUUCUGUCAGCCAAUGGGAGAGCAGCGCUGACUUAAUCAGCCAAUGGGAGGCUGAGCUGCUGCGUGAGACGCUGCAGGAGUUACUGCAUACUGCUGCGGAUGAUACAAAGACACAGGACACGGAGCAGCUGAAGAGGCUCGGCGGUUUCCUGCAGGCCAACAGAGACCUGGGCGAGCGGUUUUCUGCAGAACUCCAGGCCAUCAACUCCCUGGAGGCCGGACAGUAAGGAGGAGCACAUUUAAAUGCCGGCUGCUGUCUUGGAGAUCCGCGCUGCCGGAGAUCAGUGCUGCCAGCCGCUGUAUCUGAGAUCCACGUUGCCAGCUAAUGUGUUGGAAAUUCACGCUGUUGGAGAUCCAUGCUGCUUGCCGCUGUGUUGGAGAUCCGUGCUGCCAGAGAUCCGCACUGUCAGCCGCUGUGUCAGAGAUCCACGUUGCCAGCCGCAGUGUCAGAGAUAUGCGCUGU